CUCUUCAGUACAUAUAUUGCCGUGUUCAAAAACCUCUGUUCUCCUUCGAGUCUUGCGCUUGUACGUUUCUCAGUAUAUGUCUCGAUUACACCUAUAUCCGCGUUACAGGCCUUAUCACGUUGUUUCAAUAUCCCUAUAUAUCACAUCACACUUUUCUCUUUACUCGAUCAUCCCUCUCAUUAUUCAUCUUUCUCACUUCUUUUCUCCCCCAGCUCUUUCACCAUGGCCAAAAGAAACCAAAGAUGUUCUGUUAACCAAGCUGCGAUCAUCGCCAAGAACCUCGCUCACCCAUCUCACUGGGCCGUCACCAAACUGCUAGGCUCUUCGGAACACUUUUUCAGUAGUAUGUCAGCUGCUUCACUCACCGACGCCAAAAGGCUGUUCCGUGCUGAUAUCGUCGCCGUUGUGCCGGAAUCUCCGGUGGAAGCCGACUGGGUGAGAGAAGGUUGGACUUGUUUUUACUAUUACCCUUUUGAUCUUGGUCUGACUUUUCCGUUCUCUCGCUUGGUUAAUGACUUAUUGUCCUCACUCAACAUUGCCCAUGGACAACUGAUGCCGUCUACCUGGCGUAUGCUGGCUUGCCUUGACGCCGUUGAAGACAAGCACCGGUUGGGAAUUAAUGUUGACGUCCUCAAGUUCGCCUAUACCACCAAGAAAUAUGGUUGCCGCGUUGGGUUAAUCAACAAAAUGAGAGGCGAGCCACUCAUUUUGAACAACGAAUCUGUGCAUGAUAGGGGUUGGAACAAAGAUUUUUUCUUUGCUGAGAUCGUGACACUAGAAUCAAGUGACAGCUUCCUCUUGGACCACUGGACUGAUGAAAAAGAACUAAGUUUCGAGUUAGAGGAGGGCAAUAUCGAGGCUGAGAAGGUCGUCUCGAAGAUCCUUGAGUUGCCCAUCGCUGAGAGGUUGUGGCCUAACUGCCUUGGUCGCCCGAUAAAAAAUGCAAGCUUUGUUGAUGUUUCUGAAUUUUUGAACAAGAUGAAUAAGGCUGUCAUCAGGCACGGCAUCGGUAGUCCCGAGAAAGCCAUGCCGCAAGGUGCUGCUGCUCGGACCCGUAGUAAACUGAAUCCCAAGCCUUUAACAAGGCCUUCUCUGUCUGUUCUUAGUGUCUCAUCUGAUUCAGGUGUAGGCCCUACAAAUGGUGGAGAUUGUGAACUGGAUUCCGGACUUUUAUAUGAUAAAGAGUACAAGCCAUCUGUAAUAAGACCCCUUGGUAUGUCAUGCAAAGACUUGUUUGUCAAACGUGGUCGCGAAGACAGAUCAAAUGAAGCUGAGUCAUCCAAAUCUCCAGCUCUGUUCAGCCCCUGCACAAGUCAACAGGCCAAAAAGGUGAAAUUGAACCACUCUGCGGAUACUUUCGUGUCUGGGUCUUCUGCUCCUGCUCCUGCGAUUAUGCGCGGUUACGAAGUCGAUGCUCACCCGACCCAUUUCGCUCCUUUGCUUAGGGAUCUAUUGUUCUCACAAACCAUGGAUGUUCAUUCAACCAGAAGGCCUGAGUGUAUUAUUGAGGAGUCUUCUGGCUACAUUUUUCACGCCUUGCAGACUUCUCUCGCGGCCCAAACUGUUUAUGAACGUUAUUCAAGGGCCUAUGAGGAGCUCGAACGUGAACAUGGCGGCUGUGUAGCGAGGCUUCAGGCUACCCGCGACGCACUUGAGAAGGAGCGGAGGGAUUUUGACAAGUUCGCCUCUCGGGUGAAGACUUUGGAGCGCGAAAUGCAUGAGGGUGCCCAGCGGACCAUCACCCAGCAGGCAAUGAGGGCUCGAGUGGAGACCAUGCUCGAAUUCCGUCGCGGUGAGCUGUCAUCGAAGGACAUUGGAGAGGCAAUCCGCAUUUACAAUGGAGCUUACCCAGGUGACAGCUUUGCUACAGAUGGCUUGGAGGGCGGAGCAAAUGUUGGAAGAUCUUCCCAGGACAUCAAACUGGGUGGUAGCCAAGUUUAAGUUUUAAGGCUCCGCAAACCGUUAUUUCUUAGUCUUUGCAUUUUGCUUCCAGAACUAUUUGAUUUUGUAGGUCUGAAACUAUGAAUUUCUAGUUAUGUUUCACCCUCGGGUGUGGGUUGCUGCUUUAUUAGACUCCGUAUGUUCUUUUUUUGUGUGGCUAUUUAUCACUUAUAGCUCGCCAGUCAAGCUUUUAAUUAUAGUCGUUUUCCUGGUACUCGAGUAUUGCCCAGUGUGAAUUGUUGGUGGCUCUGUUUGUCUUUCAUCUCUGGUUCAGCUCUAAUAAUCCUCCAGAGUCGUGUAUGCGUUUAGUUUUAGAUUUUAUGGCUGCGAUAUCAUUGUCAAACGACAUAGUUUUUGUCCACGAUUUAUAGCAGCUGCGGUGGCUUGCUAUUAUUUCAGAACUAUU